AUGAUUGAUUCAGAGAUAGAGUUAAAUAAAGUAAUAGUAGUACCAUUAAUAUCAAAAGAUUCAUUAGAUAUUAAUGAUGCAAAAAAUUACUAUGGAACCGAGUUACACCCAAAUCAACCAAUUCCAACAAUAGUUUCAACUCAAUCUGAAGUGAAUUCUUUAGUUAAUCAAAAAUCUGGUAAUAAUCAACAAUUGGCCAAUGAAGAAAGAUUAGUUAUAUUAUUAAAACAACAAGAGGUAGAAAAAGAUAAAACAUUUGAUACAAAUAAAUAUUUUAACGAAUUAUCAACAGAUUUAUUUGGAAAGAAUUUAAUUCAUACUGAAGUAAUUAGUUCAACACAAGAUAUAAUGUUAAAAUAUUUAACAUAUACUCGUCAAGGAUUAGUAAUGAUUGCAGAUCAACAAACCGAUGGUAGAGGACGUGAUGGAAAUAAAUUCUUGUCUCCAUUGGGAUGUUUGUUAAUGUCAUUCAAAUGUAAACAAACUGAUUGUAACAAAUUACCAUUCCUUCAAUAUUUGACUGGUAUGGCAAUGGUCGAAGCAAUUCACUCUUUCCCAAUUGCAUCUGAUUUAAAUCUUAGUUUGAAAUGGCCAAAUGAAAUCUUUACUAAGGAAGCAGGUAUUAAGCUUGGUGGAGUCCUCUGUGAACCAAAAUAUCUUAACAAUGAAUUUGAUGUUGUCAUUGGUGUUGGUGUUUAUCUUUCAAAUUCAAAUAAUCCAUCAACAACUGUAAAUCAAUUAAUUCACCAGAAACAACAACAUGGAUCUUCUUUAUCAUCAACAACAACAAGUACUGAUAUUCCAAUUUAUAUUAAUAGAGAAGAAUUGGUUUCAAAAUUCUUUAACAAAUUCGAACCAAUGUUUAUGGAGUUUACAAGAGAUGGCUUUAAUGCAGAUCUUGAAAAUAGAUACACUGACUUAUGGAUGCAUACAAAUCAAAUUGUAAAAGUAAAAGAAAGAGAUUACCAUCAUGUUAAAAUCAUUGGUAUUUCUGAUAGAGGUUUCCUUAAAGUUAUUGAAUGUGAUGCUGGUGGUAAUUCAUCUCCAAACUCUCAAAUCGUUGAACUAAACCCAGAAAGUACUUCAUUUGAUAUUCAAAAUUUAAUUUUAAUGCAAAAAUCACAAUAA